AUGAUGGAAACAGGAGAGAAGCAAGGAGAAGGAGGGCAUGGCCAAUGGUGUCAUUGUGGGAAGUUAGCACGGAUGCAGACUUCUUGGACCAGUUCAAACCCAGGGCGAAGAUUUCUAGUCUGCCCAAAGUCAAAGUGGUUUGAUGCAGAAAUGUGUGAGCGUUCAAAAUCGUUGAUACCUGGUUUGCUGAGGAAGAUUGAUAGGGUGGAGAAAGAAAAUGCAAAUAUUCGAGCAAAGUCAAAAAUAUUGUGGGCUGCUAUGUUGCUUUCCUGGUUGGUGGUGUUUGCCAUGAAGAUGAAUUAG